AUGCAGAUAGAAAUUACUAAAAUUAUAAAUAAAGCAGAAAUAGAAACAACAGAAGAAGAGAUGCAGAUAGCAGAUAAAGAAGAUGACAAAAAAGAAGCAAAGAUCUCAUUACCAGAGAAUACACAAAGAAAUGAAUGGAAAAUAUACAGUAUGAGCAAGAGAAAUAUAAGUAAGAAAGAAGAAGAUCUUUAUGAACAAAGAAAGGAAACUAAUCUUAGAAAGUAA